CCGUGUCGUCCACAGAGCCGUGAUGCCGCUGCUGCACCGGAGAGCCUUCGUCCGGCAGAGACCUCCAGAGGACCUGAGACCAGAGGAGGAGGUGUUCCUCUGCAAGAUCACCCACGAGAUCUUCAGGAGCUACGAUGAGUUCUUCGAGAGGACCAUCCUGUGUAACAGUCUGGUGUGGAGCUGCGCCCUGACGGGCCGGGCCGGCCUCACCUACCUGGAGGCGGUGGAGAGCGAGCGUCGUGCCCGUCUGAGCCUGCAGAGCUUCUCUCCGUCUCUGCUGCUGCCGCUGCUCCACCUCGCCGCUCUGAGCCGCCGCGGCCGCCUGACGGAGCUCUGUGAGGACGUCUACGCCUUCGUCAAGGACCGCUUCUUCCCCGGGGAGACGGUGGACGUAGCGGGGCGCAACGGAGCCAGACAUGUGUGUGAGAUCCUUCAGGUUCACUCUCCUCACUCCAGCGCUGACGGCCGAGACAAACCAGCCGCUGACGACACCAUCGUCAUCAGUGACAGCGACGAAGAGAGCAAAGCCUUCCAGAGUCCCACCGCUCAGGUCAACGGCAGGAAGAAGAAGAAGAAGCCUCUGAGUCCAUCAGUGUUUAAAUACACAGUGAGGAUGAUGAAGGACGAACACACGGAGCCGUUCACUGUGAAAGCCAAUCAGAUCAGUCGCAGGAAGACCAGCGUGUCCAAAGAGAGACUGAAGCUGCUGUUUAAACAACACUGUGAACCUCAGAACGGGACCAUCGGGCUGAAGCCCUCCACAGUGAUGAAGUACCGGCUGUCUGAACAAACCUUCUCGCAGUUCUUCCCUGAUGAGCCCCUCUUCCCCUUCAGCCCCCCCUCUAAAGGUGGAGGGCGUGGCUCACCUGGACAGGCGAGCUCGUCUCUGAUGAAGGCGGCGGAGGAGAAGAUGAAGCUGCUGCAGCAGAAGGAGGACAUGGUGGCUUCAGCUCAGGACAGGGCUCGAAUGAAGAAGGAGAAGGAGGAGGUGCAGGAGGCCAAGAGGAGGGAGAGGGAGGACAGAGAGAGAAUGAAGGAGGACCAGAGGAGGAGGUUUGAGGAGGAGAAAGAGAGGAGGAGGGAGGAGAAGGAGCGCAGGAAGCUAGAGAAGGACCAGGAACGAGAGAAGCUGAAGGAGGAGAAGAAGAAAUACGCUGAGCGGCUGAAGCUGUGGAACAAACCCAGAGAAGACAUGGAGUGUGAAGACCUGAAGGAGCUGCCCAGUCCGGUUCCAGUGAGGACCCGUCUCCCGGCCCAGCUCUUUGGUGAAGCUCUGAUGGUUCUGGAGUUCCUGCGGGCCUUCGGCGAGGUCUUUGACCUGAAGGACACACCUCCUGUGAGAUGUUCUUUAACUGGUCUGUCUCUGUCCACAGAGGUUCUAGAGGAGGCUCUGGUGGGUUCUGAUCCUGAAGGUCCUCUAUGUGAGCUGCUGUUCUUCUUCCUGUCGGCCAUCUUUCAGGCUCUGGACGAGGAGCAGGAGGACCUGGCUAAAGAUCAGGCUGAAGACCUGCCGGAGGUUCUGGAUGAGGACUGUGAUGCGACCCAGUCGGCGCUGCGUGCUGUCGCCUCAUUGGCUGCCUCGUGGUGUCAGCUGACUCAGGGCUGCGGUUUGAAGCAGCUGGACCUGGACAGCUGUACGCUGUCAGAGAUCCUGCGGCUGCACAUCCUGGCGUCCGGCGCCGACUGUUACCACGGCAACGCCAAGUUCCGCUACCAGAAGCAGGGCGGGUUCACGCCGAUGGAUGACCCGUGUGUCGAGCUGCGAUUGGCCGAGCCGGCGCUGCUGAAGAGAUUGACGAGCACCUCGGUGUACGACCUGACGCCAGGGGAGAAGCUGAGGAUCCUUCAGGCUCUGGUGGGGAAGCUGCUGACGUUGGCGUCCAGCAGAGACCUGAUUGAAGACUGUGUGGAGGAUCAGAGAUCCAGCAGACAAGAACUGAGAGAGAUCAGAGCGGAACAACACCGCCGAGACAGAGAGGAGGCCGCACACAGGGUUCGUCUCCGUAAAGAGGAGAAGCUGAGGGAGCAGGAGAUGAGGCUGAAGGAGAAGGAGGAGAGACUGAAGGAGCAGGAGGUGAAGGGAGGACUCCUCUCCAACAGUGAGACUCCUGUAGAACUCACUGAGGAAGAUGAGGAGCAAAACUCUUCAUCCAACAACAAGAAGAUGAAGGCUACAGUCUACCAGAGAGACAAUCAGACGACCUCUGACCCCAAACCCCCGUCCUGCCCCCCCACCCUGAUGAGUGCGGAGGAGCAGGAGAAGGAGCAGGAGAAGGAACAGGAGAAGGUUCGAGAGCUGCAGGAGCGGAUCCAGAAGGCGGCGGCCUGCACCUGCUUGCUGCCGCUGGGCCGAGACCGUCUGUACCGCCGCUACUGGCUCCUCCCCUCGGCCUCAACGCUGUUUGUAGAGGACGACUGCUUCGGCCUGACGGAGGACAUGCUGCUUCCACGGCCAAAACCUACACAGGACGCCACGGCCAAGAUGGAGGAGGAGGUGCUGAAGGAGGAGCCCGCCGAGGGGAGCGCUGGUUUAAGCCCCGCCCCCCUCCACACCUGUGGGCCGCCAGUCACACGUCUGAACCAAUGGUCCUUCUACACCUCAGUGGAGGAGGUGGAUCAGCUGAUCGACGCUCUGAACCGAGGUCACAGAGAGAGCGGCCUGAAGGAGGCGCUGCUGCAGGAGAGAGAGCGACUGACUCACCUGCUGCAGAACUGUGACAGGAGCAAGUACAGUUACUCAGAUGAUCUGGAGUCGUCCCGAUCUGUCCCAGAAUGCACCGCUGCAGCUGAUAUCCUGAUGGAGGGGAGACUGAGAGACCUGCUGUUGGACAUGGAGGACCGAAUCCACCAGGGAACCCUGGGAACCCUAAAAGUGAUGGACAGACAGGUGUGGCGCUCAGCGCUGGAAGCAGGAAACUACGAGCUGCUGAGUUGUGAUGGCAGAGAGAACAGAGCGACGGAUGGACGAGUGGAAGCCAUGGAGGUGGACUCACCUGUCCACCUGAGAGCCAGAGACAGGCUCCAGGAGCUGAGGCUGGACGGCGUGGCGGCGAGCAGCGGCGGUGGGACUCCUCAGCUGGUCAGCAGCUCGGUACGAAUCCUGGCUCAGGCCCUCGCUCACAUUGAGCAAGGCAUCGAGAGGCGCUUCAUCAAAGCUCCGCUGGGGGAUGAAGACUCAAAGAAAGACCAGAAGACCAAGAAGAACAAGAAGAGGGACGAGGACCAGACCAGUGACGACGGCAGUGACAGCGGUCGGAGCAGUAGGACGGUGUUGGAGCGAUGGAGGGAGUCUCUUCAGAUCUGCUCCAGUCUGUCUCAGGUGUUUGUCCACCUGUCCAGUCUAGAGAGAAGCGUCCUCUGGUCUCGCUCCGUCCUCAAUGCUCGCUGUCGCAUCUGCAGACGCAAAGGAGACGCCGACAACAUGCUGCUGUGUGACGGCUGUGACCGAGGACACCACACCCACUGUCUGAGGCCCCGCCUCAAGUCGGUUCCAGAAGGGGACUGGUUUUGUCCAGACUGUCGACCCAAACAGAGAUCAAGCCGCCUCCCCUCCCGUCAGCGCUCUUCUAUCGAUGAGGAAGAGGAUGAAGAGGAGCCAGAAGAGGAAAAUGAGGAGGAGGAGUCGGAGGAAGAGGAGGAGUCGGAGGAAGAAGAGGAGUCAGAAGAAGAGGAGGAGGAGGAGGAGGAGGAAGCAGUAGUGAGAACCAAGAAAACCCUGGCCCCGCCCCCUAAAGGCAAGGGUCAACAGACCACGCCCAAGGGUCAAAAGGCCACACCCAAGGGUCAAAAGACCACGCCCAAGGGUCAACAGGCCACCGCCAAGAACAGCACGCCCGCCUCAGCAGGGAAAAACUCAUCCGCCCCCAAGUCCUCAGGUAAGAAGGCCACACCCCCUUCGGUGAAGGCCAACUCGUCUGCAGGUAAAGCUCCGCCCCGUUCUGGGAGUCGUGUCAGCGCACGUCUGAGCCACGAGAUCCUGGCACCAAACGGCAACGCCAAGACCUCACCGGGUCAGACCGAGCCCCGCAAGAGGCCGACAGAUGUGGCUCCCCCUCCUAAACCCUCCAGACCCGUCCUCCCCCCUUCAUCCUCCUCCGCUUCCUCUUCAUCCAGCCGACGCUCCUCCGGCAGGAACUACGGCGUCCAUGAGCUGUCGGCCUGCGAGCAGCUGACUGUGGAACUCGUCAGACAUGAGGACAGCUGGCCCUUCAUGAAGCUGGUGUCCAGGACUCAGGUCCCUGACUACUAUGACAUUGUGAAGAAGCCGAUCGCUCUGAGCACCAUCAGAGAGAAAGUCAACAACUGUGAAUAUCAGACAGCAGGUGAGUUUGUCUCCGACGUGGACCUGAUGUUCUCCAACUGUCUGCAGUAUAAUCCUCGCCACACUAAUGAGGCGAAGGCGGGCCAUCGCCUGCAGCAGUUCUUCCACUCGGAGCUCAGCAGGCUCGGCCUAUCAGAGCGCGGCGCCACUCCGCCGGCCAAACGCUCCCGACACUGAACCAAAUGCACCCUCUGACCUCACCGCCGUCCUCUCUGCUCAUUGGUUCAGGGACGAGGCAAGGUCCCUCCUCUUGGACUGAGGCUUCAUGACCUUUGACCCCAGUGACAAUCAAAACAUCUCAUCACCAAAAUGACUGCAGGGGUCAAAGGUCAUGAUGUCCAACACGAACAAGCCUCCUCAGACUCUGUUCGUCUGAAGCUAAUGAGAACCAGAUUGUUUAGAGUGAAGCUAACUGGAGAACCUGGUCACAUGGUCACAUGACCUGCUGACCCUCAGCGUCUUUACUUCCUGUCCUUGUUGGUGGACAGACGGUGGACGCGGAGCAGACAUUCCUGUGGUGCUGUAGAGACAGACAGACAGACAGACAGACAGUAGAGACAGUAGAGACAGACAGACAGUGAGACAGACAGACAGUAGAGACAGACAGACAGUAGAGACAGACAGUAGAGACAGA